AUCGAUCAAGAAUGUAAACAUCCGGCCAGGACCGGUGAUUGUUUCUGUGAGAUUUGUUUUUCCUCAAAGUAUCAUUAAAUGGGUCACAACGCCCAAUAUUUGACUAAUAAUUGAUUUAGAGAGGUAUGAUAUUGGUAGUAAAAUCAUUAUGUCCAGCCAGACAUAUUGGGGAGAGCUUCCUCAGCUGACUGAUAUGGAUAGGGGUAUAGCAGCUUUGGAUAGAGAACAAAUGACAAAGCUGAGAUCUAUUGAAGUGGAAGGCCCUCGUCUUCAUCAGCCAUCCAGUCGUCAUCAACCUCCUUCUAAAGAUCCUCUACCAUCUGAGAAAUUUGAGAUGGACCCAGUUGUAGUACACACCAUAAAGUUAAUGCAGCAUGCAAAGAAAUUAAGGAGCUUGAUCAGUAGCAUACAACACCAGCAGGACGGAAUGGAUGUCGAUUUAAGCUUCCCGCCUGCACCACCUAUACCAGAAUACGCAGGACCACCGAUUAGGAGCUCAAUGAUGGGACCUGUUCCAUUUCUUCCUAAAGAUUCAGAGAGUGACUUUGUGAGAGGAGUGGGGGAGAUUCCUCCUGCAGUUGAUGAAGAAGCAUGUAGAAAAUUACUCCGCAAGUCAACUGCAGCAUUGUGUGCACAUCUAGGAUUUGACACUUGCAAUGAGAGUGUUUUGGAAACUUUAACAGAUGUAGCACAUGAAUAUUUCCAAGAUUUCUGCACACGACUCAGAAAUGCAGCAGACAACAAACUUUUGCAUGGAUAUUCAGGCUUUCCUGAUAUAGCGGAACAAGUUUAUCAUGAGAUUGGAAUCGGAAGUGUUACAAACGUUCGUGACUUUUACCAGUCACGGGUCAUCAAUCACCAUGCUGCCAUGCAACAGACAUGUAUCCAGCUAAUGACUGAGUAUGAAAAGCUGAACCAGCCAAUCAUGACAAAGCAAAUGGAUACAGUGCCAGUCAUUAGGAUAAAGGAGGAGUCUUCUUCAGAAAUCCAGUUUCCUGUUUUGGAUGAAAAUGAUGAGCUUAAUGAUGCAGAGCAGUUGUUACAGUUGGAGGGUUUGGGAGGAUUUGAAAUCACAGUUGAACAUGAGUCUGCAAGCGGACUUACUACAGAAGUGGAGUCAAAGUGGACCAAAGAGAGCAUUAAAACUGAGCCUGUUGACACUCCUGUCACAAACACCAGGGUCAGCACGCUGGAUGAUUAUGAUGACCCCAGUAGUAUAAAAGUUCGGACCCCUAGAACCCCUGCUCAGAUGAGUGAAGGCGGGGACAUCUCGAACCCAGGGUCUGUGGCUGCCUCCGACAUAAUGUCCCCUCCCUCUAUAUCCAGACCAAGUAAACCGAAGAAACGGAAAAAAUGAAGGUGAAUGGGCAAUUUUAUUUGAUGUGAAACAAGGUGAAAAACUUUUUCCCCACCACAUAUCUGUAUUCCGAGGGUAUGCUUAAAAGGAAUUCUGGGCACUGUUUUCAAUGCUCACAGACUUUGAUGUUAUAAAACAAAUUCUGAUGAAUCUCAAUAGAUAUGUGAGAAUUUUAUAAUAUGUGUGUAUGCUGGAAUGUGAUUUGGAGGGAUUUAUUGGAUACCAUGUACAACCAUUAAGAGUCAGUAAUGUUCUGAUUAAUGCAUCAAAUGUGUAACAACAACAAAAUGAUUAGUAAAAAUAAAUAGAUGACUUGAAA